GUCACCACCCUUAGCCAGACUUCUUUUCCGAGCAUGAUGAUUGAGCGUUCCUUGUCACCGUAGAAUUCUAGCUUUGAUAGAAAUCCCUUCCGACCCAUCUUUACAUAGACACCGUUGUCUUAUCUCUGUUAUUUCAGAUUUCUCCAAAUGGCGGCCUCGGUCACAUCCAGUCCGAAGAUACCCUCUUCUUCGUCUUCUUCCUCUCCCGACACGCAUCGUUCACGACCUGAACCUCAGUCUCAACCUACACCUCAACCUCAACCUCAACCGCAACCACAGUCUCGAUCACGAAAACAGUCGCAGUCGCAGUCGCAAUCGUAUUCGGAACCGCAGCCGCAGCCGCAGUCGCAACAACAACAACCAGAGCCGGAAAAACCACAAGCCGAUGGAAAAUCGUAUUAUGGCUACCUAUUCAAGGAGGACAAGUCGCCAACCGACAAGUUAGAUGGCCUUCUCCGUGCUCUUGGACAAUAUAUUAUCGACCAUAUCGGCGACACAAACGACAAGCAAUUAAAUCCGCGGAAACUUGCCGCUUUCUACCAUGCCGUAGGUGGUGAUUACGAUUCGCUCUUUCUUAAAUCCCCAGAUAGGACGAUAUCAUACAUAUGGCAGGCCUUAGGCGUUCAACACGCUCUUCAGCCCAUUCCAGACAAUGAUUAUGCUCCACCAUCCGUGCCUGCCCUGACAUUGCGGGGAUUUGUGAGAUGGCAGUCUCUCCAAAUUCUUCUCGGACCUGAAGAACAUGUUCCCUACCUACAACAUGCUGUUGCAAACUGGAGUUUGAAGGAUCCUUAUACAGGCGAUGCUUUCCCGGUUGAUUUGCCAGCCUCAGCCUUCCCCUCCAUGUGUGACCAAGCCGUUGAUGAAUGGCAUAGGGCUUGCGGACAAAAGCUUCGAGAGGCUGCUACGCCCCUUGACGAAGAGGAGCAGCCACGACGACGCCACAGUUCUGAAACUCGCAUCCCCUCUACAUCUAAUCACCAAGCUCGUGGUGUGCCGACUGGAGGUGCGCCCCAUCAUCGACCUGAGUCUGACUAUUUUCGGCGCAGGCGGCCUAUGUCGUACGUCCACGUAUCGGAACACCGGUAUCCUCCACACGCUGGCCAUACUAGCGUACCGGAGGCCAACCGCAGGGCGGGUAGUAGUAGCGGGAGUUCGUUAGAAGAUCUUCCAAGGAGAGGUCGACGACCUUCGGAGAUUAAAGUCCCACCCGUUUUUGUGAGGGAAGAUACGCGGACAUCCACACACUUAGACCCCCCUCGUCCACCUAACGUUCGCCGCCAUAGCCACAGUUAUCAGUCACCUUAUGUCGCCUCAAUUCACGAUUCAGACUCAGAUUCAGAUACGCUGCGACCCUCCCCACGUCAUAAUAGUUCCGCACCUCAACCACCUCCAGGUAUUCGCCGUGUGCCCGUGCCAGCUCCCAUACCGGCCACAGCUGCGAAUCGAGUCCGUCGCAGUGACAUUCGAACUGAAGACCCCAGGCGCAUCAGCCUACCUGCCGAGCUCAAGCAGAAGUUCACGUCAUUCUUGAUGUCUUCAUCUGGUCGACAGCGGAGCAAUUCCAGAGAGCCUGGUCCCACUCCACAUUCCAGUGUACGAUAUCGGAAGGAAGUGCCACGGACCCGCCUGAGUCGCAGUCUAUCCGGUGAUUCCUACACAAGCGAAGGAUCGUUACCAGAAAUGGCCUCAAAAUAUUCACCGCGUGAUAGUCAUGAACACAACCGUGCACGGGAACAUGUAAUAGAGCGCGAACGCGAACGUGAACGAGAUCAUGAGCUUGACCGAGAACGGGAGCGUGAGAGAGCACAGUGGGAAGAGAUGGAAAGACAGGCUCGUAGAGAGAAGGCUUAUCUACGCCCAACGAUCAACAGGAGAACAAGUAGCCAUGCAGAUGUUGAUCGUCGACGACAAGACGUGGUAUGGGAUGCGAGAGAUCGACGAAGAGAAAGUAGGGACCUAGAGAGAGAAGUCCGACGAAAUUUGACGUCUGAUGAAAUGGACAGACGAGACCGUCGAAGAUACCAGGACCGCGACCCAAAUCCAGUUAUGACCGGCGUUGGCGGCAGAAGAUACCCCCGUUGAAAAGAUAUUUAGAUAUGCGAUUCUCGAUGGGUUUUACGCAU